AAUCUAUUUUAUUCUCCAAAAUUGCGAUGCCCUCGGCUGAUUCCGUAUUCACUCGGCUGUUUCCGGCGCUGGUUAUAAAGAGGCAGCGCGGCGGCUGCGGCCUCUUGCAGUUGCCGCUGCGCUGCGUGUCGUGUUGGCGUGGACGGGGCUUAGUGUCAGCCAUGGGGUUUGGUGACCUGAAGGCCGCAUCCGGCCUGCAGAUGCUUAACGAUUACUUGGCGGAUCGCAGCUACAUCGAGGGGUAUGUUCCGUCACAAGCAGACAUCGCUGUGUAUGAAGCUCUUGGUGGGCCACCUGCGCCUUCAUUCUGUCAUGCACAUCGGUGGUACAAUCACAUUCGGUCCUAUGAAAGCACUAAGUCCAGCCUUCCAGGUGUUAAGCAACCAAUUAGCAAAUAUGGUCCACAAAAUGUAGCAGACACAACCUCAACAAAAGCAGAGGCAGACGAUGAUGAUGAUAUUGAUCUCUUUGGGUCUGAUGAUGAAGAGGAAGGUGCAGAAGCUCAGAGGAUCAGGGAAGAACGCCUAGCUCAAUAUGAAGCUAAAAAGUCCAAGAAGCCGACACUCAUUGCCAAAUCAUCUAUUUUACUGGAUGUAAAACCAUGGGAUGAUGAAACUGAUAUGAAAAAAAUGGAAGAAUGUGUGCGUUCUAUCACAAUGGAUGGCUUAGUUUGGGGUUCUUCUAAACUGGUUCCAGUGGGUUAUGGCAUCAAAAAAUUACAGAUUCAAUGUGUGGUGGAAGAUGAUAAGGUGGGAACAGAUAUGCUGGAAGAAGCUAUCACAGCAUUUGAAGAUUAUGUUCAAUCUGUUGAUGUUGCAGCCUUCAACAAAGUCUAAAGCACCAACUAUUGAACACAAUAAAAGUUAGCAUCUGCAGAACUUCA